AUGACGCUCUUGCGGCGCAGAUUGCGCUGCCAUUACUGCAAUGUUCAGUCACGAGACAGCGUCUCACAGACGCCCAAGACAUACCACUGUCCGCAUUGCGACGCCGUCAAUCACUUUGACGAGCGCGGAAACAUUACUGAUCCACCGAUAGAAGAGAUCGCAACCGCUCCUGCAUCCUUCUUUCACAAACACAUACCCUCGCGCUCACUGUCGCCUUUCAUGUCCGCGCCUGCCGACGACAUCUUCUGCGACGACUGCCAGCACAACCAAACACUCUACACAAGUCUACUCGCCGAGUUUCUACCAGACGAAGACGACCCCGAAUAUGACAAGUACCUUGCCGCCUACGACGAAUACAAGGUCGAGCUCGAGGAGCGUUAUCCGCAAGUCUGCAAAUACUGCCUGCCCCGGGUCCAGAAUCAAAUACGGAAUGCGAAUCAUGUAGCCAGAGCCGACAACCUGGCGCGCAUAAUGGAGGCGAGCAAAGAGAGGCGCACAAUUGUAUACACAUCGCGACAGACGUGGACGCUCCGGGCCAUUUCGCUGGCCAAGUGGACUUACAUGGCGAGCACGGUAGUGGGACUGCUCUGGCAUGCCGCUGGGUUGAUCAUGGUACCAAAGGAGGAUAUUCGGGAUGGUCAGAUCUUCAGUUGGAGCGCCUGUGCGCACCAGGCAUUGCUCUCACGCGCAGUCGACGACAUCUGUGUAUUUUCGCCAUAUAUAGUCAAAUGGCUGCAAUACGCUGUCAUUGCCGACCUGCUCACCAUCUGGUGGAACCCCAAGCUGAAGCUCAAGACAAACAGUCUGACGGGGAGAAUGCAGGGGCUCAAGUCGCUCUGGUCAAUACGCUGUGCCGUGGUCAUUCUCCGUUUCGCCAGCCUCUACUACUGGCAGCACACGCCAAUCGACAGCGACAAACUGCAGAGCUUCCGCUACACCCACAUGGUCAUGGCCGGCGUACUUGCUCUCUCGUCUCUCCUGACCUGGAAGACGGUCCGCAUCGUCUACGGCGCCGCACCCACCUUCCCAAAGGCAGCCCAAGAGCCCGUCCUCAGCGCACCCAGCAGCGCGAAGAAAGAGAGAAGAGGCUCGUACCAUCCUGCACACCCCCAAGCAGAUCUCUUCGACAGCAUGGCACAUUCCUUCGCCUCAGGCAUCCAAGGCUACCAGGAAUCCUCUCCAGCCCCUCCAUCACCAACGCUCACCGAAUCAUCCUACACGACGGGCGCAACAGACGCCACGACGCCCUUUGCCCAGCGCAACGCCUUCCUCGACAUGGACGUCGACGACAUGGACUGGACCCCCACCAAAGGCCGCUUCGCCUCUCAAACGCCCGAAGUCCUGCCCAACCAAUUCUCCAGGCGCCCAACAACAGCAGCCUACCAACAACAGCCUUUGUCGCCCUCGCCCAAGCCAAGAGAACCCCACUCCAUCUUCGCCCGCAAAGACCCAAACCCCUUCCGCCACCGCGUCCCCGCUGCACCCCCCACCUCGCUCGCCGCAAACCGCAAGCCCGACCCGUGGAAACGCGCCGUGUGGGCGCCCCCGCUCAAAGAAAGCAUGCCCAACUUCUUCAAGGAGCAAAAAAACGCGAGGCCCGCUGAUGAUGGCUCCGAAAACGCCAAAUCAACACAUGGCCUCGAGGGCACCGGCGUCCCCAGAAAUGUAAAGAGAGAUGCUGAGCUCUUUGCUAGCCCAAAGCUCAAGUAUGAUUACUAUGGUACUAUGAAGGAUACCGGGCUUGAGGAUACCUUCAAUUCCUUGUUCUCAAAGUAG